AUGUUUUUUGGCCAAUUAACUUCUUUACCAAUUCUCUACAAAACUUCAACAAAAUGUUUACCAUCACUUUUAAGUCCAUUAAAUUUAAAUUUUGAAUUUAUUCGUGGUCGUAAAAGAGGGCGUAGAAAACCAUCAAAAGCUGAGCGGUUGGCACGUUUACAACGUAAAGAGAAGAAAGAUGCUGAAAAAUUGGAAGAAUCGCAAAAGAGACGUUUGGAGGAAUUGAAAAAAACUAAAUUUGCUGCAAUGUGGCCACCAAGAUACGAUGCCGAAGUUGAAAAAGACUUGCCUGAAGUUUCUCAAUUUAAUAUUUUUUUCAAAAAUGAGGAAUUUCAUCGAAAUUUGCAAUCACCUUCAAUUUAUGGAAAAGUAGAUGCUCCUAUAAAACUUAGAAUGGAAUUGAAUAUGACUACUGAAAAAGCGACUAAAUUAAUUGGAGCCUCUCGUCAGUUGGUUGCCAUUCCUUUUCCUUUUAAACAUCAAGAAAAGAGAGCAAUAAUUGCCUUUGCACCUAAUAAAGAAUUGCAAGAUGAAGCUUUAAUGGCUGGUGCUGAGUUGGCACUUGGCCCUGAUUCAAUUAAAAAGAUUUUAAAAGGCCAAUUUUUGAUUGAAGAUUAUGAUUUUUGUGUGGCACAUGAAGGUAUGGCAAAAGAAAUUUUACCUUUGAGAGGAGUGUUAAAGUCAAGGUUUCCAAAUAGAAUUAAUGGUGGAAUUGGUAGUGAUUUGCCUGCAAUAUUGGAAAAAUUCCUUUCUGGUUCAAAUUUGGUUGUGAAACCGAAUGCUGCUUAUGCGGAAUGGGGAUUAGCUGAACCUGUUGUUGGAAGGCUUGAUAUGCCUGAUGAAGAAAUUGAGGCAAAUAUUAUAACGAUAAUUUCAACUUUAUGUCAACAAAGAAAUCCAGCAUUGGGGCCAUUUAUUAAUAGAGCCGCUUUGAUGACCUUACCUGGAAAAACUUUUUAUUCAAUUAAUAUUAAUGAAUGGUUACCUGUUCCAACAGAAGUCGAAAUUAGAAAGGUUGAAAAGAAACCAAAGAAGAAACCAAAAAAGGAAGAUGAUGAUGAAAAAGAACUUGAAGAAUUAGCUAGUUGGAGACUUGAUCCUCUUCAUAAUAUAAUGUGA